AUGGCAGCUGCCACCAAUGACACCCUUGAGAAGAGCACCAUCGUCGAGAACUCUGUGUACAAGUCAUUCAUCGACAAUCCCAUCUAUUUCUUGGCAAACCUGCAGCAGCUGGGUGACCCCCGUACGCGCCACUACCCUGUAGUGAUGAACCCGCUGUUUGUAUUUCCUCUCGUCACCCUCUACAUAUACUUCGUCAAGGUCUCUGGUCCACGCUGGAUGAAAGACCGGCCACCUUUCCGCAUUGAUGGUCUAGUGCGGGUGCACAACCUUCUCAUGGUGCUGGCCAAUCUCAAACUCUGCGCCGCGCUUAUGUGCUCCACGUACCUGCCCGGUGGCAGCUACAGUUUCUGGUGCCAGGGCAUCACUGGCCGCGAAGACAACAGCCUCCAGGAGUUGUACAGGACCGGUUGGGUCUACGUACUUUUCCGAUACGUGGACUUUUUGGACACCGUGUUCUUCGUGCUCCGCAAGAAGUUCAACCAGAUCACUCACCUCCACGUCAUCCACCACGUCAUGGUGACGUUGAACGUCUGGUUUUGGGUCCUCUUCGCCCCGGAGGGUCAAGUGGCAUUCAGCCUGGCGCUCAAUUCCUUCGUGCACGUGGUGAUGUACUCCUAUUACUUGUUGGCCAACAUGGGACCGUCGAUGCGCAAGUACCUUUGGUGGAAGAAGUACCUGACCACGCUUCAGAUAGUGCAGUUUGUGAUAAUAGUCGUGCACAUGUCCAUACCACUAUUCGUCGACUGUGGUUUUCCCCGGUACCUCAUAUUCUUGGGUGUCGUGCAGACGCUGCUUGUGCUAGCAUUGUUUCUGAACUUCUACAAAAAGUCCUACAUUGAACCUGAGCGCCUCAAGGCGCCGCCAAAAGUCACGGCGAGCUAUGGAGAUGCCGCCAUGUACAAGCAUGAACACAAAAAAGAUAUGUAGCCUCUCGGUUAUUUUUCUGAGAACUAUUACGCAUCCCAGAGUCGUGAAGAGCAUUGAGAAUUACUCUUUAUGCCACGGCUAUUUAGGCGCUUCGUUGUUUCUCUGAACGAAAUGCACGGCGUCCAAACUGUACAAGCUCGUCGCUUUCGCCUCUCUAUCGCAUCGCUAUCAUGCCAGCAAUUCCCAAUUUUUCGACAUCGCGUAACAAACCACUGUUCCCAUCCAAAUGCAAAGAGGAGACAUUGCAAUACCAUAUGAAGUUCAUAAAGAUCAAAGG